UUCCCUGCCUUCAAAUCUCAGAGAACCUCAGCUCCUCUCAAAAACACUCUCCAGACACAAUGGCAUUCCCAUCCGACACGAGCAAAACAACCAAACUCGAAAGAUACAAUAGCUACAUCAAACGAGUUAACUCGACGAAGCUUCUGACAGCUUCGUCGAAACUCAUCUUUCGCGCAUCUCUACUAAUCUCGAUCGUCUUAAUUUUCUUCUUCACACUGAAUUACCAUCCGUUGGCUAGCCACACUGCUACUGCUAGUCCGCACCGUCAUUUAUCCGCGUUUUACGGGACCGGAGCUGAUUGGGAGAAACAAGUCCGCCACUCCUCGACUCCUCGGCGUGCUAGCGGGUUUUCGAUCCUUGUCACGGGAGCUGCUGGAUUUGUUGGCUCGCACUGCUCACUCGCGCUGAAAAAGCGCGGUGAUGGAGUGCUAGGCCUCGACAAUUUUAACAAAUAUUAUGAUCCGUCUCUGAAGCGAGCUCGACAAAAAUUGUUGUCGAGUCACGAUAUUUUUAUUGUCGAGGCCGAUUUAAAUGAUGCGGAAUUGCUAGCGAAAUUAUUUAGCAUCGUUCCGUUUACACAUGUGUUACAUCUUGCGGCUCAAGCUGGUGUGCGUUACGCAAUGCAAAACCCGCAAUCGUAUAUUAAAUCAAAUAUUGCGGGUUUUGUUACGUUGCUAGAAGUUGUGAAAGCGGCUGAUCCGCAACCCGCAAUAGUGUGGGCCUCUUCGUCAUCCGUGUACGGUCUGAACACGGAGAACCCGUUCUCCGAGUCAGACCGUACUGAUCAGCCCGCGAGUCUCUACGCCGCAACUAAAAAAGCAGGCGAAGAGAUCGCGCACACUUACAAUCAUAUUUACGGUUUAUCAAUGACCGGGUUACGUUUUUUUACUGUUUACGGGCCGUGGGGAAGACCCGACAUGGCUUACUUCUUCUUCACGAAAGACUUGCUUCAGUCGAAAGCAAUCAACGUUUACAAGACUCAAGAUAACAAAGAGGUGGCGCGUGAUUUUACAUACAUUGAUGAUAUCGUAAAAGGCUGCGUCGGAGCUCUCGACACCGCGGAGAAGAGCACAGGCAGCGGUGGGAAGAAGAGAGGUCCGGCGCAGUUGCGGAUUUAUAAUUUAGGUAACACUUCUCCGGUCUCGGUAGGAAAGUUGGUUUCUAUUUUGGAAAGUUUGCUAAACUUGAAGGCCAAGAAAAAUGUGAUUCGGAUGCCUCGAAACGGCGACGUUCCAUAUACUCAUGCAAAUGUUAGUUUGGCUUAUAAUGAUUUCGGGUAUAAACCGAGCACCGAUUUGUCGACCGGGUUGAGAAAGUUUGUCAAGUGGUAUGUAAGUUAUUACGGGAUCCAGCCAAGGGUAAAAUCGGAAGCCCACAAGAAGAAUCAAGCAUAAAUAUUUUCUUUUGAUUUUUCGUUACUUUUUUGAAAUUCUAAUGUUGUAAUUGUGAAGGGAAACGAUUGUUGUAAAGAUACGUAGAUAUUUAUAUGAUACAACAAUUAAAUAUAUUAUUAUAAAUUAUAGUGGAGGAGGGGUAUGGAGAAGUGUAGAUUCGUGAGGUGGGGGCAAAAAUGUAAUAAUGCGUCGAUUUUGCUAAAAAAAAUGGAGCAAUAUCGGCCAUUAGAUUAGAAAUCUUUAUUUAUGUUCUUCCUUUUGUUUCGUUGUUCAAACAACAAUGAUGAUGAUAUAAAGAAACUUUUUCACAUUA